AUGUCUGAAGAACUCUACGAUGAGUUUGGAAACCUUAUUGGUGUUCCAGAGACCGAGAGCUCAAGUGACGAGGCAAUGGAGGUCAACCACUCGGAGGUCGCUGUUAGACAGCCUGAAUUACAAGAGGUUUUUGGAGAAGAUGUAGAGACUAUUAUAGCGACAUCUGAUGCAAAAGAUAUUAGUGAGCCUAUUGUUGAGCCUGUUACAGAGCAAAAGUUUAAAGUAGAAGAGGAAGACCUUCCUGAGACAUUCUAUUCAAAGGAUUAUUUAUGGAAUAUGACAUUCCUCCCGUCCAAAGUGCGAAAUAUUGCACUUGUCGGUGGUUUGCACUCAGGGAAAACUACGUUUCUAGACCAACUAGUCCAUGAAACCCAUGACAUCAAUCACAUUCAAGCGAAAGAUUACAAGCCUCUUCGAUACACGGACAAUCACACGAUAGAGAUCAAACGGGGGAUUUCCAUAAAGACAUCUACCAUGUCACUAUUAAUGCCAGAUCUCGAACAAAAAUCCACCGUCACACACAUUCUUGACGCCCCUGGACACGUUGAUUUUGUUGAUGAAAUGGCUGUGGCAGUAAGACUUGCUGAUGUUGCAGUUCUAGUUGUUGACGUGGUUGAAGGUUUAACCAAAGGUUUGCAGCUGGCUCUAGAUCAUAUUUUGCUUACAAACACUCCCUUUUGUCUCAACAUUUCGAAGUUUGACCGCUUGAUUUUGGAACUCAGACUACCGCCACUAGACGCCUACUAUAAACUUCGCAGCAUUGUUCACGAAAUCAACGACUAUGUUUCUUCAUCUAAGCACGUCAAAAAUGGCAGCUACACACGACAAACGGCUCUCUCGCCUGCUCUUGGAAAUGUUUGUUUUAGCUCCAGCAACCUCAACAGCUGUUUCACUUUGCGCAGUAUUGCAAAGAAAUACCUUGAUAACUCCAAGUUGGAUAUUGACACAUUUGCUACCAAACUUUGGGGAGACAUUUAUUAUAUUGACAAGAAAUUUACUGUUAAGCCUCCAGACAAGGCAGCUCAUGCCAAAUCCAGAAGUUUCAUCAAGUUUGUCUUGGAACCGAUAUAUAAGCUGAUCACCGCUACUUUGACGAAAAGUCCAAAAGAAUUAGAACAAUAUCUCGAGGAGUCCCAUGGAAUUACCAGUAUUCAUCCUUCAAAAUUCAAGCUAGAUGUCCAACUUCUGUUAAAAGAGGUCUUUUUUGCAUUUUUCGGAGGUGUCUGCCCACCCUUUGUCGACUUAAUACAGCAAAUGCCUUCCCCAGAGGACAUGAAUGUUGAUAAAUUCAAUUUACUAUACAAAGGCAAUGCCUCUGAUGAACUGCUUUCACAUAUUGAAAAAUGCGAUCCAAACGGCCCAGUCAUAGCGUAUGUGGCAAAGCUCAUUGACUCAGCUAGUGCCGCCAGGUUCUAUGCUCAGGUGCGCGUGCUCUCAGGCACACUAAAAACAGGCAAUUCAGUUCUGCUACUGGGCGAAAACUACAGCCCCGAAUUUACAGAUGACAUGAAAGUGCAGGACGUUCGGCGCGCGUUUUUAAGCUGCACGCGCUACAAGAUCCCAGUGGAAGGUAUUCCAGCAGGGUCUAUAGGAUUAAUAUCAGGGCACGACAUUGACGUGUUUAUCAGCAAAACUGCCACCAUUUUCGACCAAAAGCUCAAGUCUCCAACACUGGAAAUAUUCAGGCCAUUGGACAAAAUAUCCAAACCGGUCUUCAAAGUUGCUGUGCAACCUGCAAACCCGUCUGAGCUUUCGAAAUUCACUGAAGGCCUAAAAAAGCUGAAUAGAUCUUAUGUGGGAUCAGAGAUUAGAGUUGAGCAAGGAGGCGAGCACGUGAUCUUGGGAUACGGAGAGUUGUACUUGGAUUGUCUGCUCCACGAUUUGCGUCUGCUGUAUGCUAAAUUGGAUAUCAAGGUUAGUGAUCCUGUGGCUCGAUUUUCGGAGACAUGUUUGGACAUCUCCAAAGUGAAGCUGGUUACAGAAUCUGCCAACACGAAAAAUAGUCUUACAGUGAUAGCGGAGCCCCUGGAGGAGAGUAUUUCCAGAGACAUAGAGGCUGGAGUUCUUGUACCAUCAAUUCCUUCUAGGGAGCUUGCCAAGAGACUCAGAAACGACUAUGGAUGGGAUGCUUUGGCUGCAAGAUCUGUUUGGGCAUUUGGUCCUGAUGAAACGGGAACGUGUAUACUUCUCGAAGACACACUACCUGAGGAGACAGAUAAAUCAAGGCUUGCGGAGCUGAAAGAAUUGAUUAUCCAGGGUUUCAAAUGGUCAACCAGAGAAGGUCCUCUUUGCGACGAGCCGGUGAGAAAUAUAAAAUUCAGGAUUAUUGGUGCACAAUUAUCUACAAACUUUUUAGAAUCAAACGGAGCACAAAUCAUUCAGAUGUCACGGAAGGCAUGCUACACGGCAAUGAUGAUUGCUACUCCGCGAUUACUCGAACCGAUUUAUGAGAUUGAAAUUUUGUGCUUUUCGUCGGUGUUACCAGCGCUGAACAAGCUACUCGAUAGAAGAAGAGGCCAAAUCACCAACGAUAAUCCCGUGGAAGGCACUCCGCUAUACAAAGUGUACGGAUAUAUUCCAGUGAUCGAGUCUGUGGGACUAGAAACUGACAUUCGAAUGUACAGUCGUGGCCAAGCAAUGUGCCAACUUGUGUUCAGCCACUGGUCCGUGGUUCCUGGAGAUCCAUUGGACGAGGACUGUUUCAUUCCGGUGCUUAAGCCUGCACCAAUCCAGUCCCUGUCGCGCGACUUUACCAUGAAAACCAGGAAAAUGAAAGGUCUUGAUGACGAGCCGUCUUUGAAGAAAUACGUGAAUCACGAAGUCUUUGAAAAAUUAAAGAGCGCCGGAAUUAUAUAG